AUGAAUUACUUCAAAGAACCAGUCCAAGGAGACCAAGUUUGCACCAUUGGAAACCACACAUUCACAUGGACAGACCUGCACAUCCCCAAAACCCAAACUGAUCCUCUACGCUUCGAGUGUGACGAACUUGGUGCCUCAGCUGUGAAGAAGAUUCAAGAAAUCCAUGAACAGCUCAGACAACAAGGUCACCAAGUUAGCAGAGGAGACUUGUUCGAAACACUCAGUCAGUACCACAAACAAGACGCAGAUCUGUCUCAGCUCUGGCAGGAAACACAUCAUGUUCCAUCCUGGGUGGACUGGGAGCAGAUCGCUCGAGGGCAACGUUUCUUCUACAGAUAUGCUCUUGCAAACCUGAUUGGCUUCGCCUUUCAAGGCUUUGUAGGCGAGAACUCCGCUUCCACCAGUGUGGUAGAAGUACUCGCCCGGACAGGCGGAUUCAGCACCCGUGUACUCAGGAGACGCCUCCUCGAGACCUUUCAGAUGGUCCUUCAGGUCACACACUCCCUCGAGUACAUCAAACCGGGGGGGUCGGGCCACAGCUCCAUCAUCAAAGUGCGUCUGAUGCACUCCAUGGUCAGACAGCAGAUCCUCAAGGUUGCCGCAUCCAAGUGCCGAUUCUUUGACCAGGAAUCCCACGGGAUACCCAUCAACACUCUGGAUUCCAUCCACGCCAUAGCCACUUUCAGCUGCAACCACGCUUGGCUGCAGCUGCCACACAUGGGCAUCACGCCUGACCCGCAAGAAGUCGAGGAUUACAUCGCGCUCUGGCGAUAUGUAGCACAUGUGAUUGGCGCACCGCAAGAGUACUACACCUCGGCUAAGCAGGCUAAGGCGGUGAUGGAGAGCUUAGCUUACAACGAGCUCUUCGUGACACCAACGUCUGUCGUCAUUGGGCAUAACUUUGUCGAGGCACUCAAGGACCUGCCCCCGAUCAACAUCUCGGAUGGGUUCAUCCAGGCUGCCAGCCGUGUGCUUAACGGCCACGAGAUCUGCGAUCAGCUCGGGAUGGGGAGACCGGGAUGGUACGCGUAUGCGUGCUUCAAGGGCCACUGUUGGCUCGUCUGGGGCUUGGCUACGAUGCAACGAUGGGUACCGUCCUUUGACGACAAGAUGGUUCAGCUGUGCAGGGAGGGAUUGCAUAAUGCAAUCAUCCAUAGCAGCCAGGGGCUUGGGGGUGGGUCCAUUCUUGACUUCAAGUAUGUUCCUGAUGGGAAGAUACAGGGCAAGGAGAAGAGUGGGCGAGCUGAGGGAAAACUGUGGUUCGUUGAACGCCCACUGGAGCUGAUUUACUUUAUUGUCUUUGCCAUUGGUGGCCUCAUUGUAUUGGGAGGAUCGUUGGGUAUGAUUCAGUUGGUGAUUGGCAUAUCAGGGUCGCAAAGAUUGUUUGUUUAG